CUUCACGUCAUCAGUAAGUCACUGGAUCUCGUGGGGGGUGGACGCUACACUCGCGUCCCUUCUUAACUUAUCAGGCAAACAAACAUUCAUAGUUUUAUUCAUUAUUCACUGAACAACGGUGUAAACUAUACAACAGCAACAACUUUUGUGUUAUAAUCGUGAAGUCGUCUAGUGAGUGUUAUAUUAUCACGAGGAUUUUAUAUUUAUACAUGUCAGCUGGGAAUCAUGCGAUCAAACUUAUCGGCUUGUUCUAAGCACCAGUGACGUCGCUCGCGUUGACAGCACUCAUCCUCGAGACGUGUUCAGUGCGCGACUCGUCCACCGCGCAGCCAGUGCGCGUCACUAGAACAUCGAAUACGAAAUUUAAAAUUUGACAUUUCAAAAUUUUCGUUCGACGUUCGCGCGGAAAAUAGAAACUAGUAUUAUAUAGUUUUUAUUCGUUCUUUUUUCGAUUUUUGUUAAGUGGGACUCGCGUGUGUUGUGGACAUUAGAAAUGGCAAGCACCGGCAGUGAAAUUUGGCUGCAAUGGUUCGCGUGUUGCUACCAGCCGGCGGCGCAGGCGCAGCGCACGCGCCGGAGAAUAGACAGGUCGAUGAUUAGUGCGCCUACCAACUUUCAACAUACAGGACACAUAGGGUCGACAGACGUAGACAUCCCAUCAUCACUGCUGCACUCCAUGCAGAACCAGAUGCAGAGCAAGGGCGGCUACGAGAUGGCGUAUGGUGUUAAGGUGUAUUGACGCGCGCAGGACGCCGCGAAGGACGCUAGUGAUAAAUCAGAGUGAACGAAUUCUUGUGAACAUGAUCUAAACAAACUUUAUUUAUUAAAGAUUAAUUUAAGUGCUAAAAUAAUAAGAUUAUGUUGUGUAAAUAAGAUACAGAACCGAAUUCAGAAAUUGUGCGAGUUACCCAAAAUUUAUUUGUGUUAGUUUUAUUAAUUGCUCGUCUUUGUGAAAUUAUGUCUACGAAACUAUUGUUCCUUUCUCCUUUUAUUCUUAAGAACCUAAUCCGUCAAAACUAUUAAUGACGAAGGUUGUAUAUAACUUAAAACUGACGAUAUUUUGUCAAAGAGAAAUCUUUCAAUCAGUCUCUAGUUAAUACGCUACCUAAAUCAAUUAUUAAACUUAAUAUACCUAUUUCUGACUAUAGAUAUUCUAUUUACCUACUGUACUAGUACUUAAGUAAUAAAGUGUCUUGUGUUUGUGACUUAUAAAAAUAUAUUUACCUGAAUAUGUGCUUACUUAUAGUCAAUUACAAAAUAUAAGGAAACCAGGUAAUAAAUGUGAAUUAAAUCAGUUGUUUCUGAAUUGUAUUGUCUAAGCUUUAGUGUAAAAUAAUAUUUGUAAUUUUAUAUUUAGACGUGGUCAACGUCACUAUUAGGUAUAUGUAUUAUUUAUCCUUGUUGACAAGCCAAUCUACAUAUGCGCUAUUUAUUGGCUUACCCCUAUUAUAUUUUCCAUAUAAUUGCUUAUGAAAUACAAAAGCAAUUGUUAAAUAAUAUAUUCCCAACCCACUAUAGAUAGAUUAGACUUCCAAACCAAUGUUUAAGGACCUAUAACCACAGAUUAUAAUAUUACUCUUCCGACAUAUUUAAAUACGUAAGCCGAUGUCAAAAAGAAUUCCAAAAAUUAUAAACCACGAAGCUUUGUAUAAGAUACGUUUUUAUUGUGCAGCGUAUUUUUUUAAAGCUAAUUUGCCAUAACAUUAACAAAACGUUAUUCGCAUGUAAAAAAAAAACAUGGAAAUAUCGGCACCUUUCAUUGAGAACCAAAUAAACCAUUGAUUCUACCUUUGUUAUAGAUAUGUCAAAAUGUCGUUGUAGUAGAUAAUGUUGAAUGUGUGUACACCCUUAAAUUAGUAUAAAUGUUGUGAAGAUGCGUAUUUACACAAAAGUAGAGUAUGUCGAUUGUACCGUGAGUUAAAUAAAUACUAAGAGCACUUAGGAAUUGCAAAUUUAUAAUUCGUAAAUUUAACAACAAAUGUUUGAAGUUUUUUAAAACUUUUCUUUAAAAUGUGUUCUAUACUUAGCAGUCCAAAGUCAUAUAAAAUGUUCGUUUGACAAGUGGUUUUCAAUUCAUAAUAUUCACUUGUUGCCAAUCAUUACAAUUAAACAUUUCUCAAUAUUUCAAUUAGCAGUUAUUCAAUUUUAUUGAAUUUCCACAUAUUUCCACAAAUUAUUUGUUUUAAAUGCAUGCAUUUGUCAAACCGGAACUUUCGUGGGAAAGUUAACUUGAUCAUGUAUUAUUUUCUAACAAAACAUUGAGGUUAUGUUGUUUUCUAAACAUGUCACACUAAAUUAUCCAUGGUAAUAUAUGCUUCAGUACUUUCCCACGGUAUUUCGGUAAAGCCAUGGACUCUAAUAAAAGAAAAAUGCAAACAAAUCCUUACUAUUUAAUACCUAUAUGUAUUUCAUGCAUUGAAGUGUAUUUGAUUUAUGGAAACGUCUCAUAUAACUAAGUUAACUUGUAAUAAUAAUGUUUUUCUAAUCAUUAGAGGUUAAUAGGUUUAAUUACGUCGUGUCGUCCUAUCUGUCUAUAGUCUUCUUGCCCGAUCAUGUUUGGGCAACUGAAUGACUGAUACAAUGUUUUUCUGGAGACUGAACCUGAAUAUAUAUUUUAAAUAUAUACAAUUUACAUAUUUGCUAGAACUCUUCAGUGCUAUAAACGCCAAAAACAGAUGUUACAGCCUUUUGCUACUAAACACUUGAGUUGACAUAAACUUGGCUUGUUCUUAUAAAAUAUCGAAUUCUAAUUGCAACUGGCUGUUCCAUUUUAUUUGAGUAAAAUAAUAAUUUUGUCAUUUUUUAAUUAAAACGACAAAGUUCUAUUAUGAAACAUUGAUAGUUUAUAUGUUUAGAUAUUUAAUAAUUUGUAAUGUCCAUUUAAUAACUUGUUCUAUAUAAAAAGAAUUACGAAAGUG